UUAAAACAAAAAUGCUUGACCUUAAUUUAUUUCAAGUUGAUAAAGGUGGUAAUCCUGAACUAAUCAAGGAAUCUCAGCGUAAAAGAGGAGCUUCUGUCGAAUUAGUUGACCAAGUUAUUAGUUUGUAUGACGAAUGGCGAACAGUACGUUAUGAUUUGGAUCAAGUCAAAAAGCAACAGAACGCGCUUCAAAAACAAAUUGCACAGAAAAUAAAGGAUAAGGAAGAUGCUUCAGAAUUAAUAAAAGAGAAAGAAUCACUUAAUUCCGAGAAAGAACGACUCACUACCCUUGAAAAAGAAAAAGAAGAGAUUCUUAAAUCUAAAGCUUCUACGAUUGGAAAUAUUGUUCAUAAAUCUGUACCAGAUUCUUUAGAUGAGGAAAAUAAUGAAAUAAUUCGAAAGUGGGAUCCUCCGACAAAUGAAAAUGGACUUGAUAUAAAAUCGGUUAAGAAAAAUGGAAUUUUGUCACAUCAUGAAGUACUAUACAGAAUUGAUGGUUAUGAUUCUGAAAGGGGAACAAAUAUUGCUGGUCACCGCGGCUACUUUCUUACCAAUGAUGGAGUGGAUCUAAAUAUGGCACUAAUUCAAUAUGGUCUUUCGUUUCUGCGGAAACACGGGUAUAAAAAAUUACAAACACCAUUUUUUAUGAGAAGAGAGUAUAUGGCCAAGACAGCACAAUUGGAACAAUUUGACGAAGAGUUAUAUAAGCAACCUAUUUCCGCGUUUCAUGCUAAUGAAUGGUUUGAAAAACCAGCAGAACAGUUGCCAGUAAAAUAUGCAGGAUAUUCAACAUGUUUCCGUAAAGAAGCAGGAGCACACGGUAAAGACACAUGGGGAAUUUAUCGCGUGCAUCAAUUUGAAAAAGUCGAACAAUUUAUUAUUGCAGAUCCCGAAAAAUCAUGGGAACAAUUUGAUGAAAUGAUGAAUUGUUCAGAAGAAUUUUAUCAAUCACUUAACAUACCAUAUCAAAUAGUUGCAAUAGUCUCUGGAGCGUUAAAUAAUGCAGCAGCAAAGAAAUAUGAUUUAGAAGCAUGGUUUCCCUUUCAAGGGGAAUAUAAGGAAUUAGUUAGUUGUUCCAAUUGUACAGAUUAUCAAUCUCGUAGAUUAGAAAUUAGAUGUGGAAUGAAGAAAAUGGGAGAUCGUGAAAAGAAAUAUGUACAUUGUUUAAAUGCUACAUUAUGUGCUACUGAAAGAGCUUUAUGCUGUAUUUUGGAAAAUUAUCAAACACCUGAGGUAAGAGAAUAA